GGGGCUCGGGCCGGUCACGUGGCCCCGUACCUCCCCGGCGCGCGCCCGCCCGCCAGCCCGCUCGUCCCCGGCUCCUCCUCCUCUUCUCGCCAUUGCAGUUGGAUUCACCAGCCCGGCGCGCACCGCGUGGCUUUUGGGGGGAGACCCCGGUGGGCUUUGGCAGGAGGGAGGAGGCGGCGUAGGCUGGUGUCGGGGAAGGGGACGCCGAGAAGAUAGUUGAAGUAUUGGUAACAUCAAGGAAAUCUGUCACAGUUUGAAAAGUUAAGCAAAAGUUUGAUUUCCAGACACUACAGAAAAAAGUGAAAAUGGCAUUGUACCAUCACCACUUCACCACGAGAGGAAGAAGGCGUCCAAUGCGGAUUUUUGUGAAUGAUGACCGCCAUGUGAUGGCAAAGCAUUCUUCGGUGUAUCCGACACAAGAGGAGCUGGAGGCAGUGCAGAACAUGGUGUCCCACACGGAACGGGCUCUCAAAGCUGUGUCCGACUGGAUUGACGAGCAGGAGAAGGGCAACAGUGAGCAGGCCGAGUCAGACAGCAUGGAUGUGCCUGCAGACGAUGAGAGCAAAGAAGGGGCCGGGGAACAGAAGGCGGAACACAUGACCAGGACCCUUCGGGGCGUGAUGCGGGUCGGCCUGGUGGCAAAGGGUCUUCUGCUCAAGGGGGACUUGGAUCUAGAGCUGGUGCUGCUAUGUAAGGAGAAGCCCACAACUGCCCUUCUGGACAAGGUGGCUGACAACCUGGCCAUCCAGCUUGCUGCUGUAACAGAAGACAAAUAUGAAAUACUCCAGUCUGUGGAUGAUGCUGCAAUUGUGAUAAAAAACACAAAAGAGCCCCCACUGUCCUUGACCAUUCACCUUACAUCCCCUGUUGUCAGAGAAGAGAUGGAGAAGAUGCUAGCUGGAGAAACGCUAUCAGUCAACGACCCCCCGGACGUUCUGGACAGGCAGAAAUGCCUUGCUGCCUUGGCGUCCCUCCGACACGCCAAGUGGUUCCAGGCCAGGGCCAAUGGGCUGAAGUCCUGUGUGAUUGUUAUCCGAGUCCUAAGGGACCUGUGCACGCGUGUGCCCACCUGGGGUCCUCUCAGAGGAUGGCCCCUGGAGCUCCUGUGUGAGAAGUCCAUCGGCACGGCCAACAGGCCAAUGGGCGCUGGCGAGGCCCUGCGGAGAGUGUUGGAAUGCCUGGCGUCAGGCAUCGUGAUGCCAGAUGGUUCUGGCAUUUAUGACCCUUGUGAAAAAGAAGCCACUGAUGCUAUUGGGCAUCUAGACAGACAGCAACGGGAAGAUAUCACACAGAGUGCGCAGCAUGCACUGCGGCUUGCUGCCUUUGGCCAGCUCCAUAAAGUCCUGGGCAUGGACCCCCUGCCUUCCAAGAUGCCCAAAAAACCAAAGAAUGCCAUCUUCACCAUGUCCGUGGAGGUGGAUGGCAGUUCCUUUGAGGCCUCUGGACCCUCCAAGAAGACCGCCAAGCUGCAUGUGGCUGUGAAGGUGUUACAGGACAUGGGCUUGCCGACAGGUGCUGAAGGCAGGGACUCCAGCAAGGGGGAAGACUCUGCUGAGGAGACAGAGGCGAAGCCCAACGUAAAACAGCAGGGGCCGAUCCUGACAAAGCAUGGCAAGAACCCAGUGAUGGAGCUGAAUGAAAAGAGGCGAGGCCUCAAGUACGAGCUCAUCUCUGAGACUGGAGGCAGCCACGACAAGCGCUUUGUCAUGGAGGUUGAGGUGGAUGGACAGAAGUUUCAGGGUGCUGGCUCAAAUAAGAAAGUGGCAAAGGCAUAUGCUGCCCUCGCUGCUCUUGAAAAGCUUUUUCCUGAUACCCCCCUUGCCCUCGAUGCCAACAAAAAGAAGAGAACACCAGUUCCUGUGCGAGGCGGACCAAAAUUUGCUGCCAAGCCACACAACCCAGGCUUCGGGAUGGGCGGCCCCAUGCACAAUGAGGUACCCCCGCCCCCCAACCUCCGAGGGCGAGGCCGAGGUGGCAGCAUCCGUGGGCGAGGCCGAGGGCGAGGAUUUGGAGGUGCCAACCAUGGAGGCUACAUGAACGCUGGCGCGGGGUACGGAAGCUAUGGGUACGGUGGCAACUCGGCAACAGCAGGCUACAGUCAGUUCUACAGCAACGGAGGGCAUUCUGGGAAUGCUGGUGGUGGCGGCGGCGGGGGCGGUGGUGGCUCUUCCGGCUAUGGCUCCUACUACCAAGGGGACAACUACAAUUCACCGGUACCCCCAAAACACACUGGAAAGAAACCACCGCAUGGGACCCAGCAGAAGCCAUCUUACGGCUCAGGCUACCAGUCCCACCAGGGUCAGCAGCAGUCCUACAACCAGAGUCAGUACGGGAACUACGGCCCGCCACAGGGCAAGCAGAAGGGCUACAACCACGGGCAAGGCAACUACUCAUACUCGAACUCCUAUAGCUCGCCAGGAGGCGGGGGCGGCUCGGACUACAGCUACGAGAGCAAAUUCAACUACAGUGGUAGUGGAGGCCGAAGCAGUGGGAACAGCUACGGCUCAGGCGGGUCGUCCUACAACCCAGGGUCACACGGGGGCUACGGCGGAGGUUCUGGGGGCGGCUCCUCAUACCAAGGCAAACAAGGAGGCUACUCAUCACAGUCCAACUACAACUCCCCCGGCUCUGGCCAGAACUACAGCGGCCCUCCAGGCUCCUACCAGUCCUCACAGGGGGGCUACAGCAGGAACGCAGAACACAGCAUGAACUACCAAUACAGAUAAAGCCCCGCGCGGGCUGUGGCCUCCGCCUUCUGCACUUCCGCCCGCCCGCCAGAAGAUUGAGUUUGACACAUCCCAGUUAACACGUCCGCAGGCCCUCCCGGCGCCCCACCUGUCCACAUUGCUGUGUUGUGAGGUGCAGCGGCCUCUCCGGGCCGUGCCGUGACCCCUGUUUAGCCGUGUUUGGGACUCCAUGUCUUCAAUGGUUUGUUAGUUGCCAUUACAACCUUGUCUGGGUAGAGUUCUGAGUUCUUGCCGUUCAGUAUCCCUCUGUCUAUUUACACUUGGUGUUAAUGUUGACUCCGUUUGUCUUGAAAUAGUUACGGAAGGGAUACGUUAUAUGUUAAUGCUUUUGUGAAGUGAGUUAAAUGAGCUUUCUGUAUUUUAAUGCUUUAGUGUUUCAGUUUUAUAAGUGAAGAUUUUAUUUUAAAAACCAGUGGGAAAGAGUGGGGAUUUUUGUAUGUCUGGAUCGUUCAGACAGUAUAUCUGAGUUCAGCCGAAUGUAGACAAAUAAAGAAAAAGUAAAGUGCGUCCGUCCCAGGCCUGCGUGUCUGAUCUUCCAGCCAGGCUGUUCCUACCCUUGGGAAGCCAAGUGAAAUGGCAGGGUGGUCCCUGGUCCCAAAGGAAGAGCCACCUCCAGACAUCUUCACCCCGUAGCUAGCCUAGCCAGGUCCACUGCCUUCCUGCUCAAGCUCUUAGCUGGCCAGAGUCCACCUGGGCCUCUUGGCACCAGCUGCUGGCAGUGUUAGGCCCACGGUGGCCCUCGCUGGCCUUUACGCGGGAUAAAAAGUGCAGGUCUGCCGGAUUUCCCCCUCCCUGCGUUCUGGUGUCGUUUGUAGUGUGAUCUCACAUCAUCGUAAGCAGAAUGUCCCUGCAGGAGCCGCUGCUCUGCUGUCCACGCUGUCCUCAGCCCAGGGAGCUGGGGCUCCUUCAGCCCCCUCUCUCGUGGGCUUCCCUGGAGCCACGGCUCUGCCUCCAGGGGCACAAGCUGUAGUGGUUGAGGAGUAGAGAGUAUCCCUGGCUUCCGGGUCACGGCCCAGGCUGCUGCCCGCAGAAGAGCACUGCACUGCAGGAGCGCCGCACCAAAAUGUGGACAGCGAAACCCAGCCGGGGGACGGGACUGGCCUGCCCCAGGGAGAGGCAAUGACAGUGCUGUGAUGGCAUCUGUCUGGGAAGAGCCUGUGCACCCCUCAGCACGCACUGUCCUUGCCACCUUGCACCUCUGAAACCUGAACUGUGCCCCAGGCACACUUGGCUUCCCUUGGUGACCUUGUGUGCUGGGAGAAGGGACCCUGUGUCCAAGGAACUACUGCUUUCCCCAAGGUCAAUUGAAGACUGGCAUCGGUGAAGGGAGAGUUUGUGCCCUAAAACGCAGAAGGGUGGUGCUUUCCGCUUCUGCAGAGACCUACACUGGGGAGAGGGGAAGAAGAGGUGGCUCAAGCGACAGCAUUCAAGGGACUGUUGGUGCUGUGGACCCCACCACAGCGCAUGGAAUGAUGGGCCCAAGCAAGGUGCUGAAGCAAUUGAGCUGACAGUUCUCCUGGACACCUGGACAGCCAGAUCAGAUGACAUCAGUAAUGUCAGAAGUGGGGG